AUGGCACCCGGAAGACUCCUCGACUCGCCUCCUGCCUCCUUCUCUACCCCAGUCAGCACUCGAGCCGAUGCCCGGCUGCCAGUGACACUCUUGUCUGGUUUCCUAGGCGCUGGAAAGACGACUCUACUAGAGCACAUCCUGACAUCUCCAGAUCAUGGUCUGCGAAUAGGCGUCAUUGUGAAUGAUGUCGGCGCUCUGAAUAUUGAUGCUGCGCUCCUGUCGACUCACGACGUGACGCGAAAGGAGGAGCAGGUUGUCGCCAUGCAGAACGGCUGCAUCUGCUGCACCCUUCGUGGUGAUCUGCUUGAAGAGGUCGCCCGACUAGCCGAGGACAAGAUGGUUGACUACCUUGUCAUUGAAAGCUCAGGCGUCAGUGAGCCCAUGCAAGUGGCGGAGACAUUUUCAGAGGAAUUUGCUGAAAUGCACAUCCAAGCCGGUCACGACCUCGAGGCCGAGGCAGCACAGACUCAGGACGAUGACUCGAAAGGCAACAAGCGCCUGGCUGAGAUCCUCAAGUCAGGCGGCCUGUCCAAGGUGGCACGGCUGGAUACAUGCGUGACGGUAGUCGAUGCUGUUAAUUUCAUGAAGGAUUUUCAAACGGCCGAUUUUCUCGUCGACCGCCAGACCGACGUCCCCGAAGAGGACGACCGCAAUAUCUCCGACCUUCAGGUUGACCAGGUCGAGUUCGCCGAUGUACUCGUCGUGAACAAGUGCGACCUCGUGUCAAAGGAUGAGGUCAACCGCAUCCGCGGUGUCAUUGGCAAGUUGAACCCUGAUGCUCAUAUCCUCACCACCACCAAGUCCAGACUGGAUCUGAAGGAGAUCAUCGACACCAAGAGGUUCUCAUAUGAAAAGGCUGCUCUUGGUGCCGGCUGGCUGAAGAGCCUCAAUGAGGAGAUUAACCCUGAGACGGAAGAGUACGGCAUCGGUACUUUCAUCUACCGCGCCCGCCGACCUUUCCAUCCCGAGCGUCUCUGGCAUACCAUAAAAGACGUUUUUGUCGUAAUCCAGACCGAAUACCAGACUGAAGAGGAUGGCCCGGAGGAAGACGAAGAGAUGGACGACGAUGAUGAAUCUGAUGUUGACAUGGAUGAUGAAGACCAACCCCAGCUCAAUCCACAGGCUCGUUUGGAAAGCAAGAUCCGAGACGAGACCUUUGGUCCGCUCCUACGCUCAAAGGGCUUUCUCUGGUUGGCCACGCGACCCAAGAUGUUCGGUGAAUGGUCACAGGCAGGCGUCAUGUUGACUAUCCAGGGCGGCGACCUAUGGCGCUGCGAGGUGCCCGAGGCCGAGUGGCCCAAGGACGCAAUGUCCCGCGCCGCCAUCAUGAAGGACUACCAGGGCGAGUGGCAGGACCGCCGACAGGAGAUUGUCUUUAUCGGACAAAAGAUGCGCUCCGGUGGCGAGGAACGCCUUCGCGCUGCCUUGGAUGCCUGUCUGUUGAACGACAAGGAGUUCCGGGCAUGGGAAAAGGCCAUGCGUUCCAAGCGACUGCAGGAGAGGUUGGACAAGCUCUUUGAAGACGGCUUCGAGGAGUGGCCCGAGGAGGUCCACGGCGGUCAUGAUCACGAUCAUGCCGCCGGGGAAAGCUGUCCAAUGUAG